AGGUCUUGAGACUGAAUGGGAUGAUGAUGAGGUCUAUUAAUAUAAUGAUUGACUUGUAUUUUAAAAAAAUAUGACAAAAAUUCAAAAAAAAUUCUAAAUAUCUAUCUCACUUUAUUAAAUGAAAUUCUUGUGUUCUAUCAUCGCAUCAUUGGUUAUCGGUAGUGUUACAGCAGCUGCUAUUGAACGCAGGGCAGAAGUUGGUGAAGCCUUAAUGAUGUUUGGCUACAAUCCUCCUCGUGUCAAUCCUGAAUACUGUGUAGGCUUUCAUAUCGACUACCCUACUACGCCUGGUCUCGCAUUUGAAGCUGGUUCUAUUCAACAAUUGAAAUGGUCGCUUGAUGAAGAUAUUGUUCAUUCCCCUAACAUUAUUACCCGUAUCCGUAUCUUGAAUUCUACUCAACACAAUCAGUACAUUAUUGGAGAGAAUAUGACACUCUAUCACGAGGCAAACACCGGCUUGGCUACCUUCCCUCUCAACAUUGAAGACGUCAGUGGCUUGUAUCACUAUCGUAUUAUGGUGAAUUAUGUUGGCACACUAGUACAUUGUGUUUAUGAAUCGGUUCCCUUCACGAUUCUCCAAAAUCCUUUCAAGAAAUACACUGCUGCAGGACCAGCUAAAGUUGUCGCUCCUACAUCUUAUGAAUUAUAUUCUUUGAUGCCUGAUAGUAGCUAUGUUAAUAUCAAAGUAUAAUUGCAUUUUAACAAAUAAAAUAGUAGCAGUAGUAGCUUGUAACACAAAUGACGCAUUUUUU